AUGUGCUCCCGUCAGGACAAGGACCAGUGCCACUCACAGGAGCGCUACACCCGGCAGAGCAGCGGCUGUCACAGCUCCGGUGGUGGCUGUCACAGCUCCGGUGGUGGCAGUGGCUGUCACAGCUCUGGUGGUAGCAGUGGUGGCUGUCACAGCUCUGGUGGAGGUGGUGGCUGUCACAGCUCCGGUGGUAGCAGUGGUGGAUGUCACAGCUCCGGUGGUGGCAGUGGUGGAUGUCACAGCUCCAGUGGUAGCAGUGGUGGCUGUCACAGCUCUGGUGGUGGUGGAUGUCACAGCUCCGGUGGCAGCGGUGGCUGUCACAGCUCCGGCGGCUCCAGCUGCCACGCGAAGCCUGUGGUCCAGUAUCACUACCAGCAGCAGCAGCAGCAGCAGCAGCAGCAGCAGCAGCAGCAGCAGCAGCAGGUCCACCAGCUGCCCUCGCAGAAGAUGAAGUGA